AUGGCCCAGCUAGAGAAUGCGGAACAAUGGGAUAAGGUCACUGGGGAAUCGUCACCAGUCCAACGACAGCUGGCUGCUAACAAAUAUGCAGCAGAAGCUGCAUUAGAUACUUCCAAACCAGAAGUCGCAGCGAAGGGUUCGCACAUCCAGAAGAAUGAAACGGCCAGUGACUCAACUUCUCCUUCGGGCCUUUUCCAGGCGGCCACAACGUCUCCCCUUUCUGAGACUACACUCAACCCACGAAGCUGCGUAACCUGUCGUCGUAGAAAGGUCCGCUGCAACAAACAUCACCCCUGCUCUAACUGUUUUAAGGCGAAAAUCGAAUGCGUCUAUCCUAGCCCUGGUAGGGCACCGAGAAAGUCGAAGAAACCGCGUGAUACUGAGUUGCUUGCGCGUCUGCGGACCUUGGAGAAUAUAGUAAAGAACCUGGGCGGGCCAGAAGCCAUAAAUGGCAAUACACCGUUGCCAUCAAACAACCCCGAUUUGGGUCAAAGUACCGUUGUUAAUCCUCAAGAGCAGAGGACAAAUGCCUCAAACGCUACGCAGCAUCAUACCACCAUUAAGGACGAAGGCCCAGAUGCAAGUGAGAUUGAGGAAAAUAUGGGUAAACUAAUGGUUGGAGAAGGAGGCAGUCAAUAUGUCAGUCAUAGAUUCUGGACUAGCUUUGGAAAAAAUGUGGACGAUUUAAAAAGGAUACUUGAUCCUUUGUCGUCUGAUGACGAAAAUGACACUGCCGAGGAGUCGGCCUUUGAUCAGAAAUACGGCGUGAAUCAUGACGGAUUUCUAUUCGGAUUUUCGUCUCUUGCUCAGAGCCUUCGGGACUUCCAUCCUCCACCACACCAGGUGGAUAUUCUUUGGGAAACUUACUGUGAAAACAUUGCUCCCAUGGUCCCUAUUUUUCACACCCCCAGCUUGAAACCAAUUCUUUAUCAUGGUGCUAGUAGUCUUGAUUCGCUGGAUAAAAAUACGGAGGUCAUGAUGUUUACUAUCUACUACACAAGUGUUGCGUCUAUGAGUGCUGCAGAAUGUUUUUCCCGCCUGGGUGAGACCCGGGAUGUUGUUCUGGGCCGUUAUCGGCUUGCUGUCGAGCAGGCUUUAGGCCGGGCAAAACUUUUGCACUCUAGGAGCUUCACACUUCUUCAAGGACUAGUUCUAUACCUGUUAUGCGUGAGACAACACGACGAUUCUCGCUAUGUGUGGACAAUGAUAUCUAUCGCGUAUCGGAUCGCUCAAGGCUUGGGUCUCCAACGCGAUGGGACCUAUUUCAAUUUAUCGCCGUUUGAAACAGAAAUGAGACGCCGUCUAUGGUGGCACAUUUGUAUUCUCGAUUUUCGAGCUUCCGAGGAUUACGGCUGUGAUCCAUUUAUUCACGAAUCUUCAUACGACACACGUCUGCCUUUAAAUAUCAAUGAUGACGACAUAACCCCGGAUUCUGCGGAACCGCCAAAAGAGAGGGAAGGCUGUGCUGAGACGACAUUUUUUCUAAUUCGAUGCGAGAUCACCGUCGUCAAUAGACGGCUGAGCUUUAUCCCACCAAGUUCUUCAUGCAGACUAAUUGUUUCCCAUUAUUCAAUGGCCGAGCGAGAGGAGCUUAUUGAUAAACUUAGCACAAAUCUCGAGAUGCGUUAUGUUCAACAUUGUGAUAUGACUAUACCUAUUCAUUGGGUUUGCGCGACUGUUUCCCGACUAGUGAUUGCAAAGUUAUGGCUAAUGAUACACCAACCAAUGGUUCAGCAAUCUUCAAAGAAUCCCCUAGCCAGAGAAACCCAUGACAGACUUCUGAUGACAUCAGUCGAGAUUCUUGAAUUCUCGCGACUGUUGGAAACAAAUGUUAAUACCGCCAAGUGGAGCUGGCUGUUUAGAACACAUAUGCAGUGGCAUGCCGUUGCGUUCCUUCUCUCCGAGCUGUGUGUCCGACCAAUAUGCCCAGGGGUGGACCGUGCAUGGAGAGCAAUUAAUUCAGUGUACAAAGCCUGGAACAUGCACUCGGAAAAGAAAAACGGGAUGCUCUGGCCAGCAAUUCGCAAGCUUAUGGCACGGGCGGUAAAAUUCCGUGAAAAGCAACUUCAACAGCUCGCUAUGCAGUGCGGAAAUCAAACCCUUGAUGUCCCAGCCUCAUGUGCAACAACCCCAUCCACGGAUCCAUUGAGCACGUACCCGGCCUCCUCACCACCACGGUGUUUGCAUGAACCAACCAGCUAUUCUUAUUUAAGCUCUGACAUGCAAAUAGAUAACACCGCUCCCGAGCAGAACUAUAAUCUAACUACCGUGCCACAGUUGGGCACCACACCAGCAGGCCAGUGGGCGCCGAUCACCCAAUUCGAUACCAACAUACUCUCGUCUGCAUCCCCCUCAUGGUCAGAUUGGGACCAAUUAGUUCGUGAGUUCCAGCUGGAUGUCACCCAGGGAGGCCAAGCAAACACUUCUAUCCUAACAGGAGAGGUGGUCCUCCCCGAUUGGUUUGAAUGA